AGCCCCAGUGAGACAGGAAGCCUGCUGGUUUCUGAUGCAUAAACUAGACAGUAGAGGCAGCACUUGGCUGACACGGAGCUCUCUCUGCUCCGGCUGGUGUCUGAGAGCAGCGGCCCGGCUCUCGCCAGACUCCCUUCCUUAUCCUCACUGGCUGAUGGAUCCCAAGGGGCUCCUCUCCUUGAAUGUCCUGCUGUUUUUCUCUCUGAUUUUUGAGCUGAGCUGCAGAACAGGUGAGGGCUUGACCAGUUCCACAAAGAUGAUUCUCGGGCAGCUGGGAAGCAGCGUGCUGUUGCCCCUGGCAUCUAAGGAGAUAAGCAGGAGCAUGAAUAAGAGCAUCCACAUCCUUGUCACAAUGGCAGAAUCACCCAAAGACACUGUCAAGAAGAAAAUAGUGUCCCUAGAUCUGCGGAAAGGUGACUCUCCACGUCCUCUGGAGGAUGGCUAUGAGUUUCAUCUGGAAAACCUGAGCCUGAGGAUCCUGAAGAGCAAAAAGGAGGAUGAAGGCUGGUACUUUAUGAGCCUGGAGGAAAAUGUUUCAGUCCAGCAGUUUAGCCUGCAGCUGAAGCUCUAUGAGCAGGUCUCCAUUCCUCAAAUUAAGGUGUUGAACUCCACCCAGGAAGAUGGGAACUGCAGUCUCAAGCUGGCCUGCAUGGUGGAGAAAGGGGAUCAUGUGACUUACAACUGGAGCGAGGAAGCAGGCACCCCCCUGCUGAGUCCCGCCAACAGCUCCCACCUCCUGUAUCUCACUCUUGGCCCUCAGCAUGCCAACAACGUCUACAUCUGCACUGUGAGCAACCCCAUCAGCAACAGCUCUCAGACCUUCAUCCCUUGGUCCAGUUGCAGCUCCAGUCCCCCAGAAUCAAGACAAUGGGGACUAUAUGCCGGGCUCUUCUUAGGGGGCAUCGUUGGCAUUAUCAUGAUUCUCCAAGUGGUGAUACUACUGUUGAGAAGAAGAGGUAAAACAGACAAUUGCCAGCCAACAAUGGAAGCAAAAAGCCUUACUAUCUAUGCCCAAGUCCAGAAAUCAGGUUCUGUUCAGAAGAAACCUGACCCCCUGCCGGCACAGGACCCCUGUACCACCAUCUACGUCGCUGCCACAGAGCCUGUCCCAGAGCCCGUCCAGGAAUCAGGCUCCUUCACAGUCUAUGCCAGUGUGACGCUUCCAGAGAGCUGACAUCACAGACUCAGUGAAAGGACUUUCUGAAGGAAUAUAGAAGAGGCAAAAUAAACACUGAGCUUGGUCCCAGAUCCCAAGUAUUCUGUGACAUCUGCACAUGUGCCUUCUUCUCGGCCCAGCUCCCCGGUGAUGCUUCUUCCACAUCUACCUGUGACAUGGAUACGGAAGUGAGGCUUCCCAAGCGCUUAGCCUGCUCUGCGAGUGGCACAGGCUCAGAGCAGAGAGCUGGUUGAUCUAACUUUACAUCUCUGGGGUGUGGCAGAUGAAAUGGAUAAUGCUGGUGCAGUCAGCCUGGACCUUCAGGUGUCUUGCCUUUUGCCGCAGCUGGAUGACAGCUAAAGGCAGAAAGCCAGCACAGGACACCUAGGACCUGUCUCAGACAGCUGACCACCAGCCACAGAGUCUGGAACCGCUUACACCUUGUCUGCCCGUACUCAGUCUGGGAGCUGCUUGUGAUCGCCAAGUAGACUUCAUCAAGGCUCUGUGCCUGUUUCUCUCUCUGAAUAGACAGUAAAGGCUGAAUGCCUCAUUGUAUGUAAAACACUCUGACAUUAUUCUAUCAAAGAAGCUAUUAAAGUAUUUUAUUUGUAAAACCUGGAAGCUAAAGAGUCAAUAAACUAAAAACAUGA